GGCCCCUGGGGGUACCCGUAGAGGGAGAGCCGGCGGCCUGCGCUGGGGCCCCUCAUCAUGCGCUCCGUCAGCUACGUGCAGCGAGUGGCCCUCGACUUCCUCGGCGGAGGCCUCUUCCCCCACGCCGUCUGCCUCGGCGACGCCGACAACGACCGGCUGAACGAGCUGGCCGUGGGCGACACCAGCGGGAGGCUCUCCGUCUACAAGGGCCCCGACAGCAAGCCCUGGGCCGUCCGCGCCUGCCACGGCAUGCUCACCUGUGUUGGUGUUGGGGAUGUGUGCAAUAAAGGAAAGAACUUGAUAGUCGCCAUGAGUGCUGAAGGCUGGUUUCAUCUGUUUGACCUCACACCUCCCCCCUCAAAGCACCUGGAUGCCCCCGGCCACCAUGAGCCCCCACCGGCUGAGGACCAGAAGCUGGGAUUCAAGCAGCACAUUCCGGCCAACACCAAAGUCAUGCUGAUCAGUGACAUUGAUGGAGAUGGGAAGAACGAGUUAGUUGUGGGUUAUACAGACCGUGUGGUGCGAGCCUUUCGCUGGGAAGACUCCUCGGAGAGUUCAGAGACUAUUUCUGGCCAACUGGUGCUGCUCAAGAAGUGGCUGCUGGAUGGACAGGUGGACAGCCUCUCUGUGAAUCCGGGCCCCGAUGGUGCUCCUGAGAUGAUCGUGUCCCAGCCUGGCUGUGGCUAUGCCGUCCUGCUGUGUACUUGGAAGGCGGAUGGGCAGCGUCCAGCAGAGGGGGAGGCAGAUGGCUCUGCAGCUGCCAGGGACGUCCCAAUCCGGGAUGUUAUUCUGCACCAGACAUCGGGUAGAAUUCAUAACAAGAAUGUUUCAACCCAUCUUGUGGGAAACAUUGGCAGAGGGGGCGCCCAGCAGCACAGCGGUUCCGGUCUGUUUGCACUCUGCACAUUGGAUGGAACGCUGAAGCUGAUGGAGAGGGCAGACAAGCUGCUGUGGUCAGUGCAGGUCGACCACCAGCUCUUUGCUCUGGAGAAACUGGAUGUUACCGGAAAUGGGCAGGAGGAGGUGAUUGCUUGUGCUUGGGAUGGCCAGACGUAUAUCAUAGACCACAGCCGGACGGUCGCCAGGUUCCAGGUAGAUGAAAAUGUGAGCGCCUUCUGUGCAGGUCUUUAUGCCUGCAAGGGGGGCCGCAAUAGCCCUUGUCUGGUGUACGUCAGUUUCAAUCAGAAGAUCUACAUCUACUGGGAUGUGCAGUUGGAGAGAAUGGAAUCCACAAACCUGCUGAAGAUACUGGAGAGCAAUUCUGAAUACACAGAACUCCUGCAGCAGCUGGGUGUUGCUGGAGCUGAUGUUUCCGCUGUCAAAGAUCUGAUUCACAAGACCCUCUACCUGCCAGAACCUCUUCAGCCAAGGCAGCGUCAGGGCAGAACAGAGCCCUCCUCCAAGGGCUGCACCAACACCCAGGAGACCUGAGGAGCCCAAACGGCCCUGUCUGCUGCUCCAGCCUGCCCCUGUCCCCUGUGCCCGAUUGGGGGGGUGGGGUGGGGCUUUAAGCAGCAGCAUCAAGAAGACGGAUGGCCAGGCCUGGAGCCCCCAGCAGCACUGGUGCCAAAGGGCUGGGAAAAGCCUCUCGCGCUCUUCACGUGAACGCCUCAUCAGAUACUUGCCCUUUUGCCCAAAAUCGAACUGUCGAAACGGAAGAGUACAAAACAGAAAGUAAUUAAACGAAUGCACAGAACUCGUUAUAUGUCCGGGACUGUUGAUGCAGAAGGGGAAAGAGAAGCAGAUGGUAAAACGUAAAAUUCAUACUCUUAACUAAAGAAUUUAACAUUUGAAAAGCAGUACAGUCAAAGAGGAUGCAGAAGGUUCUUGAGGCUUCUCUUCCAGGGUAGCUCUGUGCUUUGUUGAGGGAUCUGUUGACCUUCUGGGGAAGGGUCAGGGUCCAAACCACGCUAGGAAGGGAUCAGAGUCCUCUGAAGAAUCGAACUCAGACUCUAAAAUAUGCCUUCAAACAACGCAGCAACUGAUGGUGCAGAAUUCCAGGGGGAGUGCUGGGAGGAGGGAAUCUCAGGACCCCUUUGGGUCAUGUCCGCAGGGAGAUUUCUGGAGGAGGAGGAGGAGGAGAGUCUGGUUCUGCAUCCCAAGUACUGGGAAGCUGAAUCGGGAAAGCCAGUGGUGGGGCAACACUCUGUACGACUGUGGUAUAAUGAAGCUGGAUUGCUACUUGUGAAAGGAGACUAUCCACCAAAGGGAGUGGGUUGCCACAUUCGUAUUUGAAUAAAAAUAAAUUUUAAAAAUG